AUGAUCUUCCCUCCUGCCUUCCUAGAUUCAUCAAGCUGCUGGAACAUGAACCACGACCAGCUGCAGCUGCAGCAAAUCGGACGCGGCCAGGGCAACAACACUCAUAUCACUACUGCUCCUUCACCUGCUGGUCCUGGUGAUGGAGGAGGCAACAACAACAAUCUGGAAGGAUUAAUGGCCGCGGCCAGGGCCGGAGGAGGUGGUGGUGAUGGUGGUGGCGGCAGCGGCGGCGCUGGAGAUGGUGAUGGUAACGGCGGUAGGGAUAGUAAGCAGAUGUCGAUGUCUGAGCGGGCGCGGCUGGCACGGGUGCCGCAGCCAGAGUCAGGGCUCAACUGCCCGCGCUGCGACUCCACCAACACCAAGUUCUGCUACUUCAACAACUACUCGCUCACCCAGCCCCGCCACUUCUGUCGUGCAUGCCGCCGCUACUGGACCCGCGGCGGCGCGCUGCACAAUGUCCCCGUCGGCGGUGGCCACAAUUUCUAUUCCAGCACCAGUAAUGCACCUGGUAAUUAA